AUGUUUUGCAAGGAGUCCGUAAGCGACACAGACUUUAUCCAGAUACCACCACCAUAUACACAGGGAAAGGAAUAUUUUAUUCCGAAACUAGACAUCACUGCUACCGUUUUUGUACAGAGCAUCGAGGACAACACCUUUGUCAUAGUUAACCACACUUACGAUAUGUCCUACUCCCCUAAGAACACGGACCAGUCAUUUACCAUAACACUCAUCAACAAAACGGUAUGUUCGCUAUCUGAUAGUAGCGAUGCCGACGGGAAGGAUAACGACUGUGACGGGCUGGUAGAUGAGGACAAUUGCACUGACGAUCGGCUGGCCGGUGAAGUAGACGCAGACAUCGACGGUGCUGUAAAUGAAGACUGUAACCAAACUGUGCCGAACAGCAAAAACAACACAGUAGAGUCGCAAACAGUUCCCUGCUGGACCGCUCCACCGGACAACAAUGUCACGUUCAGUUCCUCACGUACGUCGGAUGUUGCCUUCACUGAUGCUCCGGAACCGACGAUACCAGAAGAAUCCCAUCCGGGCCUAAAAACACCUGUGCCGACGGGAAAGAAGCCGAACUUAUCGUCUACAUCGACCUCCAAGGCGACAACCACAUUGGCUCCCUCCCACGGAAACACCACAAACGUGACAACGCAACAGCCGCUGCCGCCGGAGGAGGAAUGCUUCACUGAUUGUUACUGCCCCUGUGGCUGGGUGGCAGAGCCCGUACAAUACACGAAGGAAGAGCUGAACGCAAUUGUUGAGAAGAUCCAAGAGAAACUCAAGAUCGAGGUGAAGAAGUUAAGUUCCACGACGCGUAAGCUGAACAGCGCCGAGGACCAGCGGCCGUCUGCGAAGGCGGUCGGCGUCGUCGGUCUGGUGUUCUUGGUGAUCACCCUCGGCGGCAUCUUCCUGCUCGAUCUGAAGACCUUGGCAGACGCGUUCCGGACGCUUCUAGACAACGUCCGCCAGCCGUUCCGGCAAUGACUUGCACAACUCCUCAGAGCGGUUGCCUUCCCUAUCGGUUAACGGUUACAACUGCCGUCAUUAGGGAGGAUUGAGAAAUUGUAUUUUUUAUUAAUUGUAGAACAGUGCACAUUUCUACCUAACUGGACACUUUUCGUAAAAUAGUUUGCAGUAAAUUUAAACAUAUAGCAAUUCAAAAUAAGUAUAUAAUAAAACCGUAAGUUAUAAAAAUGAUCAUUUUAAUCGUUUAUCAUCGCGUAGUCUUUUAUGACAGCAGGAAUUUGACUUGCCUCAACAUCGGGAUUUUGUUUAACGUUGGCUCAUAGGCUUUACGCAUGUGAUUCACUUACAACCUGUUUCAAAGUAGUUUAUAUUACUCAAUACAUUUUUUUUCGAGUAUAAAUUUUAUUAUGAUAUCUUCAAAACUUGUGUGUGCUUUUCUCGUAGUCUACCGUACUUUUAAACAAUUCCAGUAUGUGUAAGUAUUGAUUAAGUAUCUCAGUUUCAUACAUGAAUUGGGAAAGCUUUGAGAAAUAAAAUGUGUUUAUUUUAUCUUAAACCUAACAAUACCACGGAGAGAGAGUUGGCUAUGAAUCCUUUAUUAAAUAUUGUGAAUUGGUUUCGUGUCUUGGUUAACAUUUUUGUGUCUAUUGGGAAACAACUUUUAAUGUAAUCUUAUAUCGGGUUAAGUUUGCGUUUAAUGUCCUUUUCCGUUGGAGUUUUGUUAUUUACAUAGUUUUUAAAAUAUUAUAUAUAUAUA